AUGUCCCGACUUUUGCUGCAGUGCCGCAGAACUUUGCUGAUCCUGCGCCGCCAAACGGCGGUGGAAAAUGAAAAGGGACUCUUCAGCAAGCUGCUGGAGAAGUGCGAGUCCUUCGGCAAGGAGGAGAAGCAUGUGGACCAGGAGCAGGAGGAAUCUAAGCGGUCUUAGUCUGCAGUCUACAGCUAUCCCUACCCAUUGAAGAUCAUAGAAUGGCCAACAAAUUACCAUAUUGCUGCCGGGGGCCUGAGAUGAAUCGGGUCCAUUUUACGGGCAGCUCAUAAAACGGAACGUGCAUAGACAUUAUAAAGCCAUAAAGCAUCAACUAAAAUCGGGCAAAAAUAGCUGUGGAAGAACAGGCGAUGCCCAGAGUUAGACAAGUGAUAUAGUGAUAUAACACCAUUUCCAUAGAUGCUGGACGGGUUUACGAUGUCUAAAAUGCCAGGCGUUCCAUUCGAUGGCCAAAGGGGAGGUGAGGAAGGACAGCAUUGACCAGCGGAACGUAUCAAAAUUUUAAGCGAACACAAUUGUUAGAUAAAAGCAAUCGUUUCUCACUGAA